CUCAAAGCGAUGCGCGAUGAUUGCAUACUUUUCGGACUCACUUCGAGUUGAGCCGAGUGCGUGUGCGGAGCAUUGGUGCAGUGCCGCGCGGACGUCCACUGAAAGCAAUAAAUUAAAGUGGAUAAAAAUUAAAUAAAAACAAAGAUACAACUCUGCAUAAUCUUGCAAAAAUCAAAGUAAAGGUGGAAAUCAGUCCGUAGGACACAAUUUUUUUACGCAAAAACAAAGAGCUUACUUGUGUGGUGCCGAUUUUUCACCUUUUCCACGAGCAAAGUUUGUGUACACUGCUUAAUGAAAGUGGGUAGAAGCAGAACUACAAUAACUUUAAUUGAAAAGUGCAUGUUAAAAGCAACUGAAAGCAGUGAGAAUUGUGUGGAAUGAUAAAAUUUUUCGUUUGGGGAUUUAAAUGAACGAAUGCAAAUGAAAAUUUGGGAUUGCCGAUAACCGCAUGAGUUGAUAAGUAUCCUGUGUUCUACAUUUAAAUUAUCCUGAGUGUGUGCCAUUUUUUGCUGCGCUCCCAAUUCAAAUGUACAACUCUCACCUCCCACACUGACGCUCUGUAACGGACUCUCACGCUGCGCCUGCAUUUGGCAAAAGAGAUAUUUUAUUAUACUGAAAUUAAAUCCUGCAAACACGAACGGGAAGUAGUUUGUCCCGUUCGCACAGCGCUGCAAUAGAAAUGAAAUAACUGUGAAGAAAGUGCUGCAAAAUUGUAAUUAAAACGGUUUUUUUUCAACAGUAAUCAAAUAAAAUACCAAAUUACAUACAUAAAUGCAGAGUUAGCAAAGAGCAAAAAACAUUUACUUAUCUAGCAGCCUACCUUUUAAUGUAGUUGUACUCAGUUUUUCAACGCAGAAAUCGCAGAGUCGCUCGCUAAACGGGACAUUGCACCGCGUCUCAUCGCAACGCAACGCAUCGCAGCACUUCGCGUGGCAUCGAACGCGCCGGAUUCGUGUGUGUGUGUAUGUGUGUGCAAUUGUAUGCAGGGACUUUCACAGAUCGGAAUCGGGGUAAAAGGACCAAAUAUGAAUGCGAAAUGCUCUCGCAAGCCAUCUCGUGGUCACACAAAACCGUUGUACGAGGCAUAAGAAAAAGUCUCGCACUGCCACUCGGACGCAUUCCUUCGCUUCACACAUAGCAAAAUUCACAUCAAAAUUCAACAUUCCCCUCCCUGCUUAGUACAUCUAAUCUACGAUAAUAAGAAAAUCAAUUUAAUCAAGCGUCAGGAAAAUUUUUUCCAACGCCACAAAUUCAAUAGCAAAUCACAGAAAUUCAUCGAAGAAUUUCGCGUUUGAAAAGUGUGUGCAUAGUAAAUGUAAAACGCGUGUGUGUGUGUGUGCAUAUGUGUGAUUGUGUACUAAAGCUCCCUGAAGAGCCAUUACCCAAGUGAAAAAAAUUACGUUACGUACAGGUUCUUCUUUGUAAAAUCUAUUGAGGGCUCGUGAAGACGCGAGGAGCAAAGAAAAAGUAGCAAAAAGUGUGUACAAUGAAUUAAAGCAGAAUAAAGAAAAGUGAAGUGAUAGUAAGCAUUGCAAAUAUUGACCACCGAAUUACAACGAGAUUUUUUUUCUACAACCGAAAAUACUAUUCCACCAUCACCGACAUUAACGCUGUCACCAACAAUAUCAAUAUCGCAAUAUCGCUAAACGCCGACGUCCAGGUCAUCGUCAUAGCCAGCGCCAUCGUCCAACCGUAGUACCAGUUGUAGUAGUCAAAAGCACAGCAACAACAACAACAAAAACAACAGCAUCGGCUGGAAGUACACGCAUCAGUCGGCCAGUGUGCGUCCACCCACAGUUGCAAUCGUCGAUACUACGUUACAUAUUCGCGAAGUUAUUUGCCAACGAACGGUUUCGUAGUGACAGCGGCUUUUUGCGCUGCUUUGGAUGCCUUUCGGUAUCGCGUUGAAUUAAAUUACUUGUAUUAUCCAAAGCUGUUUCUUUUCGAUUAAGCAUAGAGAUCAUCACCUGCGGCAUCGUGCCUAGGCAACGGCGCUCAUACUCACAUGCAUUCAGCAUAGUCACGGUUGCUCUAACGUACGAACGCCACAUAACGUCAUCGCUUACACACAUACGCCGUAUGCUAGCAUAACCACAUACAUAUAUACAUACAUACAUAUGUGUGUGUGCAUGCCUGUUUGUAUAUAAUCGUCGUCAUUGUGUCAUCGUGCCAUCGCAAUUGUUGUUGUCGUCGUACCCUUUACUCACAAUCGUGGCCCAUUCACUGCCGGAAAUGCGCUGCAGCAUCAACGGAAAUUAAACAAAUCAUAGCCGAAGUCGAAGUGGAAGUGGAAAUCCAAACUGAAAUCAUCGGCAAAACUACGCAGCGGGCGCACAAUUACAGCGCUGCACAUUUAUAGCGUUCGUCCGUCAGUCAGUCGGCACAUCACACAUGAGUUCAUGAGUUUUUAAUAUCGCACCGGAAGUUUUUUGCGCUGUUCAUUAUAGUCGUUUUUGUUUUAUGCGAUGAGCAAAUCGCUCAGCAAGGAAUGCCACUGUUGCAUCGAGAGAACAGAUCCUGCACAAUUUUAGACGUAAUAAAUGUGAAAACCCAGACCUCGUGAGCAAUAAAACAUCAACGAAGCAUACGUAUACUUAUUUAAACGUCGUAGCAAAAUAUCGUUAUAAAUUUACAAGCAUCCGACAUGAAACUACAUAAAAGCAGUUAUUUCAUGCGUAUGAAAUGAAUCAUUCAAGCGAGAAAAUUCACAGCAGCACUUGGUCCCGUUCACAUGGUGGUCGUUUAUGCACCGCAAUUGCCAGCCGCUACGAAAUUGUCACGUGUUUUAUUGUGACCAAUGCUGGAUGCCACAAUUGAGGCGUUAUCUCGCACAUCGUAAUGCAACAUUGGAGUGGAAUUGCCAAAACGUGCAAUAGAUACGUUGUGUCGCCACGCCCCCACUACCACUAGAUGCAGUGGAAGAAGAAGUUUACUCGAUUGAAAGCAGCUACAGGAAAUUCGCGUGCGCGAAGAAUGCUUUGUUGUGGACGAAGAAAGGAAAAUGGAAGAUCAGUUCCUGAUGUUACCGCCAGCCCUGGCCGUGCGCCUCCUGGUCCCUUGCCGGCGAACCAAAUGCAAUCGUUGGCCAAUCAGCAGCAGCAACAACAAUCGCAACAUCAUCAGCAACAACAACAACAACAUCAGCAGCAGCAACAACGAGCUGGUGGUAAGGAACCAGUCUUGCUGCAAGGUGACUUUCGCAAGGUGUCGGGUAUCAGUUCGGAGAUCUUUCGGCAGAUAGAAGCAGUCGAAAAUGAUCAUGAUCCGAAUACGGCAGCCGCUUUGGAGGCGGUGGAAAGAAGAGGUGAAAUGAUCGUGCGCAUUCUCGAGCCGCGUUGCAUCGGUGGAAAACAUGCCGUGGAGGCAGCUCAUAAAUUGAUGUCCAAAGGAGAUGCUCGACAUACAGUACAGCUUGUUGAAAUAGUGAAGCGCCCAGGCCAGACAUUAGGCUUAUACAUACGUGAGGGUAAUGGAGCUGACCGCACCGAUGGAGUUUUCAUCUCUAGAAUAGCAUUGGAAUCUGCAGUUUAUAAUAGCGGUUGUUUGAGGGUGGGUGAUGAAAUUCUGGCCGUUAAUUUGGUUGACGUAACGCACAUGUCCUUGGAUGAUGUCGUAAUUAUUAUGUCAAUUCCCCGGAGAUUGGUCUUGGCAAUACGCCAAAGACGUGACAGUCGCACCACCGGCUCUCCAGGACCACCAACGUUAUCACGGCCCGAACAAAAGCCACCGCCAGUUGUCGUUAUCAAACGUGAUCUCAGAGAUGAAGACUUAGAUGAGACAGAUCGCAUGCCAAGAUCCCGAUCAUCACGCGAAAGACGUACAGGAGAUGGACGUGAAAUGACUGAGUCUCGCUCUCGCCUCGGUUUGGGUCUCAACAACUAUAGCCCGCAAUCCGAGCAAUUAGACAUGUAUUACAAUACGCGCACUGGUGUGAGUGCGAUGAACGAGCCACCCAGUUGGGGCUACAAACCACCGCCACCACCUUCGGUGAUAACGGAACAGCCUAAAGGUCAUGCUUUUGCUCCUUCGCAUGCGUACUAUCAAAAUGCUGGCACACUGGAGAGUUUAGCUGAGAAAGUGCAUGCGUUCUAUCCCAGUGGACCUUCCCGUCGUAUGUCAACCGGUACUGGUGUUGGUUUAGCGCAACAGCAUGCACGCUUUCCGCGAUCUGGAUCAGAUCAACAUUUACCACGUGUGGAAUAUGCAGAUUAUUCAAAUUCUUUGGGUCGUCAUUCUUUAUUACGGUCCAGUUUGAAACCAGGUACGGGAGCUGCACCCAUAGCAGUAGGUGGCACUCUGGGACGUUACGGCCGUUACGAACCGCCGCGUCAAUCCUCCAAGUAUGCACCGCCUAAUAUAGGAGCUCAGUCACUUACACGGCGCUCGCGGCCAAAUCUUGAUUAUUCCAGCGACACAGAGGCAACUAUAGGGCCACGGCCAAGUUAUUAUUACUACAAUCGACCUGCUGUGGGUAGCAUGCCACGCGGCACCAGUGGAGCAGGUGUCGGUGGAGCUGGCAUGCUUGGAGGUGGGCCAGAUAUGGCUAAAUUUAAUUCACUGCCACGCGAACGUCCGGGUGUGCGUCUACAAGGUAUACGCUCACGCAUCGGCGAUCGUAUAAUGGAUGAAAGUGACGGUAACAUAUCGGCACCGGAAUUCAAUGCACGUCGAGAUCGCGAUCUUAGAUCGCGUAUAACGGCGAGUCCUUCUAUUUUCACUUCGGACGAGUAUCGAGCGUGGUUGAGGCGCGCACCUAGCAGUUCAGCUAUAGCGGAGCAAAUGCGUAUGACGAGGGAUCUGCUUAGUCAACCACGAUCGCAUCGGUUUUCGUGCAGCGCUGAAAAUAUACACGAUGCGUUGAAAAAUACGGAAAGCAUUUACUCCAGUCGAACGGGCAUACUCGGAACUGGUACACUAGAUCGCCAUCUAGGCAUGCCGCGUCCAAUUUCAGCAUUGCCAGUCCGCUCGAUGUCAUCACAACACAUUGGAGGACCAUCGUCAAUACGCUCGCCAAGCAUACGUCGUAUGCGACAACUACUCGAGCUGUCCGCUGGUCCGGCUAGCCCAAGUGGCAGUAUUAUGAGUACCGGCGGUCAUCAAAGUCCGGCGCCGACACCCAGCGCCACACUACCCAGAACGCACAGACAAAUAGAUAUUAAUCCAGCGGAGUUUGCCAAGUACAAACUCGACAAACCGAUAGUCGAUAUUGGCGGUAUAUCGGGCAUGUUGUGGAUUCAUUUGCUCGCGGGCCGUGGCUUACGUUCGGCACCUGAACUAGGCACACAGCACGUUGGUGGGCCACAUCAUGCUGCCCAAACACAAACACGUGAUCUAUAUUGUGUAAUUGAAUGUGAUCGUGUGCAUAAGGCACGCACAGUAGUGCGAUCCGGUGAUCUACAAUUCGACUGGGACGAGUCUUUCGAGUUAGACUUGGUGGGCAAUAAGCAGCUAGAUGUAUUAGUUUACUCUUGGGAUCCGCAACAUCGUCACAAGUUGUGCUAUCGUGGUGCCAUUUCCUUGUCCAUUCUGCGACAAUCACCGCUACACCAGUUAGCGUUAAAGGUGGAACCACGUGGCACUAUUUACAUACGUAUGCGGCAUACAGAUCCCAUAACGUUAUAUCGACGGCGCGGCUUACCUAGCUUAAGAGCCGGCUAUCCCAUAUUAUUCGGCGCCGAUUUGGAAACGGUGGUGAAUCGUGAGUCUAAAGGCGCUCCCGGUAGUGCUCCUGUGCCAAUUGUGCUACGGCGUUGCGUAGAGGAAGUGGAGCGACGUGGCUUGGAUAUUAUUGGUCUAUAUCGCCUGUGUGGCUCAGCAACGAAAAAGCGUCUGCUGCGAGAAGCAUUCGAGCGCAAUAGUCGAGCCGUGGAAUUGAGCCCUGAACAUGUUCCUGAUAUUAAUGUUAUAACUGGGGUACUGAAGGACUACCUAAGAGAGUUGCCGGAGCCACUGUUUACGCGUUGUCUUUUCCAGAUGACUGUCGAUGCUUUGGCUGUUUGCCUGCCCGACGAUCCCGAGGGCAAUGCGAAACUAAUGUUAAGCAUACUUGAUUGCUUGCCACGUGCAAAUAGGGCGACUUUAGUAUUCCUGCUCGAUCACUUGUCGCUCGUCGUCUCCAAUUCGGAACGCAAUAAGAUGUCAGCUCAAGCUUUGGCCACCGUUAUGGGACCACCAUUGAUGCUUCACGCCGCUAACGCUCAACCCGGUUCGGAUAUCGAUCACGCCCAACCAAUUGCCGUGCUGAAAUAUCUGCUGCAGAUUUGGCCGCAGCCGCAGGCACAGCACCAUCAAGCGCCUGGUGGCGGUCUCGUUAGCGCGACCGGCAUGAUGGGUAGCAUGGUUGGUGCGGGCGGUGCUUUGGCGGGCGCGGGCAGCAUGAGCAACAUGGCUGGCGGUGUUUCAGACAGGUCGGCGCGGCGAGUCAACAGGGCAGCGUGGAAGCAAAGUCAGUGCGUUGCAAGCGGACAGACAACUUCUACUGCAGCAGCAGGCGCAGCUCAUGGCGGCGGGCAAUCUUCUACGCUCGUCCACUUCGGUAACCAACAUACUCUCACAAGGCCAUCAUCCGCUCUCAGCCACAGUCAACAGUCAUCUGUAUCAAUCAGUAGUGGGUCAGUUAGCUCAAUCGCCUCGAGCCUUGCAACAAGCGGUGCAACAGCCCCAUCAAUUGGCGGGCUCAGCGGCCUCAGCAAUUCUCGACCAAUCGCCACUGCCACUUCCAGGCACACCCUCCCCCGGCAGUAGUUCGGCAUCGACCGGUUCCGGUUCGGGAUCCGGUAAAAGUACUGAUACAAUAAAACGUGGUGCGUCGCCCUCCUCUGUCAAGCAUGUGAAAAUUCAAGAAUCCUCCAGUACGUAUUCGAUUGCGCAAAAGAAACUCACAAAAGACUUGCCAAUCGAUGAUGCUUCAUUUCCGUUAACCAGUGCUGAAACAGUAGCACCAGCAGCUCCAACAAGAAGAGGCGUCGAAUUUUACGAACCGCACAAACCUCAUACGAAGAGUGACGAAAUCACUAGUUACUCGAAAUAUGGCGAGUUGGGCGCAAAAACACGCACAUCCUACGGCGACACGAGCACUUAUGGUACCGCAGGUAAGACGGCACUUUCGAGUCUCUCCACUGAAGAUUACAAAGCGAUGCGUAAUAAAUCGAGCGCCACAUCAUCAUCCUCCUCAUCACAAGCGACGGUUUUGAGUGCAGCAGGUUCGACAGCCACCUCAGCCCCGACCACAUCAUCGGAUGACUCGGAUGAUCUAAUAUCAUAUAAAUCCUCAGCAUCAACGAACGCAUUGCUGGCACAAUCGCAAGCAAUGACCACAUCCCAGCUGAUGUCCAAGUAUCUUAAGCGGGAGCCGCGCGUACAGUUUACGCCAAUAAAAUCACCUGAUUCUCCAUCGCCACCGGGUAGCGAUGGUUUGCCUAAAGGCGUUUACCACCUAACAACAUCGAAGAGUAAAACGGCCGUUUCUACGGGCGCCAUUAGUAAACAUUCCGCGCCGAGUUCGAGCGAUCCCAAUGGCAGCAGCAAUCAUAAGGGCUCAUCACCGUCUAGACAAGUUAGCGGCAAGGAAGCAUCAUCAGCAACGUCACUAGUGUCGACUGGUAGGCGACUAUUCGACAGUUUGGCAUCAUCAGAAGCCGAGGCACGACCUCAAGCGGGGGGCAGCAGCAGCACAACAACAACAGUAGCAACGUCUGCAACAUAUAACGAUAGUAAAAGUGUAGCAAGUAGUCACAUUAGCAAUAAGCAACAAAGUUCAGAACACAGAAGUUAUGGUAGUAGUCUGUUUGGUAGUAGCGCGCAGGGUGGCACAAGUCCAUUCGCCACCGUCAAUGGCAAUGGCAGCUCAGCGUCCAACGGCACUCACAAUGCCAUGCACUUGUAUGGCACAUUGCCCAAAAAUGGUCCUUCUGCUAAUGCAACAGGUAAUGGUUCCUCUGGCGGCGCUGGUGGCAUGUACGGUUCCACCACAUCCGCCUCAUACUAUUCGACAUCGUCAUCGUCGGGUGCGCACACAGCCAGUAGUAGUGGUGUGAGCUCAAUGACCGGUUCCACCACCAGCUAUGAUUACUACACGACCAGCUCUGCAUCGUAUACAUCGGCGGCUAGCACGCGCUCUUACGGAAAUGGCGGUGGCAAUGGGGGCGGUGGUAAUUACCACACUUUGGGUACAUACAGGGUGCAGUAUGCCGCCACUAAUCCCUUUUUGGAAGCAUUCGAUGCGCCCGGUAAUGGUGGUAGCGGUGGUAAUGGCGGCAACGGUGCAGGCAAUGGCAAUCGCGGUAGUAGCAAUAAUGGUGGUAAUGGACAGCAGCAGGGUAAUGCUAGUAGCGGUAGUAGUAGUCACAAUCGAACGUCGCUCUUAGCCGCCUUACAUGGUAGCGACUCGAAAAAUGGUAGCGAUGAGUUUGACGAUCUGAAGUGAAAGCUUAAACGAAAUAACGAAGUGAGGGGGCACGAUUUUCAUUCUGCAUUGCUUGGUGUGCAUAAAAGAGGGUGGAUUUGAAGGCUGCAUGAGUUUGGAAUAAAAUUGAAAAAUGUUUUUGAAUUGUUUUAUAUUUUAGUUUCGAUAUUUACUUUAAAAAUUAUCAUAGUUUUGUACUACUGACAAUUUAGUUCAAAGCGUAAACGAAAAAUAAGACAGUAGAAAAGAAGCUUACACGAUAAAUUCGAUUCGAUUUUGAUUAAUUAUUAUCUGUUGUUUGACUGACGACGGGAAACUGACUAGUUGACUGUUUGUGUUCUUGGAAACGUCAAAUUAGCUGACAUGAGUUGACAGUUAACGAUCUUUCAAAUGUAAAAAAAGCUGACAUUUGACAUUUUUAUUAGCGUGAUUUUUAUUUCGACAGGAAAAAGCUCUAGUUAUGUCGCAGAAUGAACUUUAGUAGAAAAUAGUUUUUUUUAAUUUUAAAUUUUAAUUUUUGGGAAGAUGGUCACAUAAAAUAGGUUAUUUUAUUUUAGAAAAUGGCUUUUUUUUAUUUAGGGCCUUAAAUAAAGUUGGUCCGUACUGAGCAAUGCAGUUAUGGAAUUCGUGUGCUCUGAGCUUUUUUUUUUUUAUAAAAAGUUUAAAACAAAAUACACCUAAUAAACAAAACAAUAAUUUUUAGUUGAAAGUUAACUGAACGAAAAACAACACGCGACCACGUGUGCACACACAUACAUACGUACAUUUGUAUAUACCGUUGACUUUUUUAAAUGUUUACACUUUUACAAAUUUACAAACAAAAAAGAAAACAAGGUAAACAACAAAUAUUAAAAGUUCUGGCAGGCUAACAGCAUUUUGGUUUAAAUUUGAAUAAAAUAAUUAAAUUAAAUUAAAUAAAUAGCAUGCCAAUGAAAGCGAGCGAGUAAAAAGCUAUAAAUGUUUUUGGUGUUACAACAACAGCAAGUUAUAUAAAUACCAACAUAUACAUGCGUAUAUUAUUAAAAUUAAAGAAGUAAAAAUAAAAUGAAAUUUAAAGACGUCUGCUGAACCGUGAACAACCAACCGUAUACACCAAGCGAUGCGAGAACGAAUUUUCAAUACAUAAAAUAUGCUGCUUUAGUUGUGUGUCUACAGAUUUGUUUUUGGUUUUGUAUGGGUGCGACAAUUAACUCGCAGAAAUAUUAAAAAUAAAAAAUUAAAUUAAUAAUAAUUUAUUAAAUACAAAAAAAAAAUAAAAAUGCAAACAAUGAAAGCGUGGCAAUCUAAGAUAAAUACACAGACUUAUUCCGAUGUAAUAGGCAUAUAGGAACUCAGAUAUAGUAUAUAAAUACAUCUAUAUACAAUACAUAGAACAUAUGGUACAUAGCAAGCGUAAAGGCAAAGUGCAUAAUUAUAUACAUACAUACAUACAUAGCUACAAAUUAAUCUCUAUAAAUAUAUAUGCAUACAUAGUAUAUACAAACAUAAACUAGACUUUUUUGAAUUUUCUAAAAUUUAACUUAUUCUUAUAUACACAACAGACUAACGGUGCGCUGCAUACGAGCUGCAUAGUGACCGAAAUAGAUACAUAGAGAAGUGAGACAGUUGCGCACGAAUGCCUCAAAUGACUCUACUAACCAACUAACUACAUGCAAAUACACAGUAAAAAGUAAAAUAAAAAAAUUAAAAUAGUUUUACAAAUUUAUUUUAUAUGAACUUGUGAAUUUUUGACAACUUUAUUGCUUCUUCUACAUACAUACUAACAAACUAUAUAAGUAAUAGUAUAUAAUAUAUUUAACAAAUACAAAAACAAACAAAGUAAAUAAUAUAUAUAACUCGUCUAACCAAAGCAACUUUUGUAUUUACAUACUCCACUCUCCCUUUUGACAACAUUUCACUACAUUUAUACAUACAUACAUAUUUGUACUUGCCACUUUUUAAUGUACAUACAUACACAUAUACAUAUAUAAAUAUAAUUUCUGAGCAGACAUUUUUGUUUUUUUUUACUUGAAAGCUAAAACCAACAGUUUUCUACCAACUCUCUCUUAGGCAUAGCCGCAAGUCACAUGUGAAAUGAAGAGAAACGCAAAUAAUAGUGAAAAUAACAAAUUUAAAUCCGAAAUUACCAACAGUAUUCGCUAAAGGGCGCCGUCGCAAGUCGAGUGCCCGAAUGCAAACAGACGACAAUUACAGUUUAACGGUUGAUAACAGUAUUUAAAAGCUACAAAAAUUAUAUAAAAUGUAAAAUGAAAUAAAUGUACGAAAUUUAUAGGUUUUUAUGCAACAAAAAAAAGUUAAAUAACAUUAGUUUCACAACACCUUCAUACCAACUAACGAAAGCCCUAAAUGACAGCAGUCUUUAUAAAAAUUGUAAAAAAAAAUAAACUAAAUUAAUAAAAACGCAUAUAUCCACUCAUCUUGCUGAAAUCCGCAUUAUUUACAAAAAUUUCUAGGCGCCACUUACCCACAUAAAUACAUACAAACAAACAUGCGAACUCAUUGAAUUCCCACUCAGCAUUCUCUUCGGCAUGCAUACGAGUACCGUACAUUAGCAUAGCAUAGCAUAGCAUAAAGUACUUCAACUGAAAAGCAACAACAAGAACCUUACCUUAACCGAACCGCAUUCCGCAACUUAUAUUACAAUCCAACUAAAAUCUAAAAUCUAAAAUUAAUAUAUAAUAAAAAAUUACAAAUACUUAUAUAUACAUACCAUAUACUAUACAAUAUACAAGCAUACAUAUGUAUAUUCGACUAUAGUAUAUAUACAUAUACAAUACACGACUAUACAAUAUACAAGCAUUUGUUGGCGAAAGAAGUUGAGCAAAACAAAAAAACCAAAAAAGAAAAGAAACUACAAAUCCGAAAUCGAAUAAAAAAAGUUAUGCUUAUAUUAUAUAUAGACUACGUACUAUGUAUAGCCUGCUACUGGGGUACUAAGCUAAUGGACGAGGGAUAUUUUGAGUGGUUUAUUCGAGAAAUGGGAAUAACAUAGAAAUCGCUUGACUGAGCGACAGCGCAGGUGGGCGUGUCGAUGGUAACAGAAUAGGCUCUCUAGCAUCUGGCGAAUAUGCGAAACGAAAAUUUCAAGAAUUUAUCUUUAUAAUUAGAAGAUACGAGUAUACAUACAUACAUACCUACAUAAGCGACGAAAAAUAGCAAACAAAGAAAAUGAAAAUAAAAUACACACAUACAUACUUACAUACACAUUGUACACGUGAGACAUGGACGUCAGUUGAAUAUGAAUAAAGUCUGAUAUACAUACAUACAUGUACUAUGUAAAUGUACUACCUAAAUACAUAUACAUAUACAUGCAAACAGAGACAUUUUGCAAAAACAAAAGUCGAACAAAACGAAUAGUGUGUAUUAGGAUAAUACAAUGAAAUCCAUAGAUAUAACUGUAGUUAAGUUUCAAGUUUAACGCAACACACUUGCUGAGGAGAGUUUUAGCAACAGAAAAAUUUUUCUUUGAAAAUUAUAGCUUUGAUUGUUUUUUGUAAAAAUUUUAAAAUAUCUUUUCACAAAGCUACGAGCCAAAACAUACAUACACAUUUCAGUUACUUGUUUUGUGGGCUCUUUUCACGAAUGCCGACAAAAUUGGAAUGAUAAGUUCAGCCACUUCAUCGAACAAUUUUUUGUGUAAAUACCAUCUUUCAGACUUCAUAUUAUUUUUCGUCGUUUUCUUGCAAUUUAUACAGAGAUCUUAGCUCUAUUUGUCUAAAGCAUAAACUACUUCUACUUUGUUUGCUUAGAAAAAGGCAAAAACUCUGGAAAGCUUCACAAAAGCACAUGAAAGCGUGACGAAAACUCUGAAAAUUUGUAUGACAACUUUAAAAGUUUGUCUUUUCAUGAAAACGUUCUCAAAAGCUCGCGAAAGCGUGACGAAAGCUUUGUAGCAGCUCUUCAAAAUUUUAAACUCAGGGCCGAUGCCAGUACAUGAAAGCUUGCCGAAAGCUACUAAAAUCUUUUACAAGCUUUUAACUGUUUUUAGUUCAAGAAUGCGUGGCGAAAGCUCUUAAAAUCUCUUGGUAAAAUCAACAAUUGAAAAUUUUUUAUUCCAUUUGAUUUAUGAUUAAAAAAAUUUUUUUAUUACUUAUCUUUUGUGCUCACUUACAAAUUAAAUUGUUUAAACUUCAAGAGUUAGGGAAAUUACAAUCUAAGCCUAGAGAGAUUUUCUUCAAAGCUUCGAUUAAUACUUAAUAAUUAAUCUAGUCUAAUUACAAUAUAUAGUAUAUCCAGUGUAAAAUCAGACAAAAUAUUAGCUUACGAUUAUGAAACUUGUAAAUACUAACCAAAGUGUUAAGAUAGUUAUUGGUGUUUUUCUUUUAUAAUACAUGCAUAUACAUAAAUAUGCAGUAAUAAAUAAGCUUAGUGUACAAUUUAAAUUCAUAGUGUGUAUAAUUAAAUCUGUAUGUAUGUCACCAUGCUUUAGUCAGCACGCCGUUAUGCGUAAUAGGGGUUUUUUAUGAUAAUUUUUAGAUAAAAAAUGUAUUAUAAAUAUAUUAUAGUCCUAUAAUUACCAAAUACAUCCACACAUACAUACAUACAUGCGUACUUAGCGGUAAUGUUUUGGCCUUUCAGAAAUUUACUUUGCAUUGUUAGUGCAUUUAUAAGUCCUAGAUAAAUAUAUAUACAUACAGACAUGUAGAUACUAAUUUUAUGUAUGUAAAAUGAAAAGCGUAAAUAUGUAUUGUAGUUAAAAAUAUUUAGCCGAAGAAUAUUAUUGAAAACACAAAAAUAAUUAAAAAUUUAAAAAUCCCAUAUAAUUGAAACCAAUUUCGAAGCAAUAUUGAUUAAAGCCCAGAGAAGUUAAAUGUUUUAAUUAAAAAAAAAAAAAAAAAUCACAAAUAAACACGCAAUUGGUUUCAGGGGAACAACAACAAAUUUUAAUUUUUUUUAACUCAAUUCAGCCACAACUCAUCUCAUUAUUGGACCUGCAUUACGAUGUAAUGAACAAACGAUAUCAUUAUUGGGACACAUUAACUUUAUUAUUGCCGAUAAUAGUACAACUUCCUAUAGAAAGAUUUUGAAACAAAACACCAAACUUAAAAAAACGAAGUAUGAAUUUGCCAUAAAGUAAAAAUUAUAAUAAAAAAACCAAAUAAAAAAUUACAUAAAUAAAUAAAUAAAAGAAAUAAGUAAAAAAAAGAUAUAAAGAAAAUACAUAAAAUAAAAAAAAUAAAAAAUAUCAAAUUGAAUUGAAUUGAAUCAAGUAAUUACCUACCUAAACCAAAACUAAAACCAAAAAGUUUGCAAGACGCCUAGCGCACGAACGUAGCAUCAAUUAUAUUAAAUUCCUAGUCAUACAUACAUACAUAUUUAUUGAUUUUAACCAGAGCAUAAAUUCAUAUACACCAAAUAAUAAGUAACUUGCAUAGACACAUACAUACAUACAUACAUACUUAUAUAGUUUAUGUUGAUUGUUAACUAUUGUGAGUGAAUUAAAUGCGUUUUUAAAUGUUAUUCAGCCCAUUACAAGUACAUAUAAUAUAUACAUAAGUAAAUGCAUAGAAUAGCAAAAUUAAUAAAUUAAUGCAUAUAUGUGUAAUUAGAAAAGUGUAGUAGAUAUGCGCCGAAAGUGUAAAAAUUUUAAGUUAAACGAUAGUAAGUGGUUCAAUAGUGUUAGGUAUUUUAAUUAGGCAUUUUGUACAUACAUACAUACAAACACAUAUACAUAUAUACAACUAUUUAGGCAGAAGUGCGUGCACAUUUUAUAUAUUAAAAUUAUAUAUUUUUUAAUUAUUUAUAUAUAUAAAAACAAUUUAGUUCUUGGCUCAAUUAUUGUAUAAUUUCAUUCGUUUUUAUUGAAAAUCAUUAAAAAAAUUAUAAUUUAGUAUUUUAUAUUGAAAAAUUAAAAUAAAAAUAUACUUUUUUUAUUGAACUGGCGAAUCAAAGACAUCUUUCGUAAAUAUGUUUUCAUUCUUAAAUUGUUAGUAUGACUUAAUUAUAUUUAUUAAAUAUUUCUCCAAAUCACUUAAUAUAUUUCAUCUAUAAAUAUAUUAUUAUACCUAUUUGCAUUACUUGUAAUUUUUUUUCUAAGUUGUUUCAGAUAUGUAUAUUUUGGUAUAAAUUUAUAUACUUAUUUAAAAUUCUGUGCUCUCAAUCACCAAUUGUUAAGAAGUGAUUCAAAACGAUCAUUAUAAAAAUGGUGAACAAGGAAACCCAAAAGCUUUAAAGUUUAGUUUGAGCCGAUUGUUUCGUUUUGUUCUGAAAAUUUAAUUUUACAUUUAUUAUAUUACUAUUGGAUAUCAAUAGCUAUGACGAUAUUGGUGUAUAUUCACGUUUAGAAAUUCUUCCUUUUCAAAAAUGUUCGAUAUAAAAAAGUAUAUUAAAUAGUGCAUAAACUGAACUUGUUGACAUUUUUAUAUAUCAUUGAUAGUUUUUGUUUUAUAAUUGUUAUUUUUCUUUAUCGACACAAAAUUUUAUUUCUAGCUGUGAGCAAUUCCAACAAAAAGCCUUCUAGUCUAAGUAAAAGUGAAUACUCUUCAAUUGCUCCAUUAAGAAUGAUUAAACAAUUGUUUUCGUUUUCAUCAAGUGUCGUGCCACUUCGAUGCAGUUCGUGCAAACUAAAACGACCUUGCCAGUACUAUAUUGUACGUUUCAUACUCAGCAAGUCACAGCUACCGUAAGUCGAAUACAUGCAAAGAAUUAGCGCGGAAACAAAUAUAGGUAUACACACCGUGCAACUCAUAAGACCUUUGCGUAAGAUAAACGAUCACACGUAUACAAGGGUUUCGAUUAGAACUGUCAAUUGGGUUUUAAGCAACUACUAGAAACUAUAGCCGAAAACACCGGUUGCGUUAUUGGGUAACUAAUCGGUUAUUUGAUAGUUCGGUGGCUUGCAGGUUAGCUUUUAAGCAAAAGAUCAUAUAUCGGAUUGCAUAAGAGAAAACUAUCAUGCAAAUACGAGAUGUUUCUUUUAAUAAAUCUACCCUCAAUAAAAUGAAAACCAGCAGUAGUCGUCUUUUUGAAAUGGCGCUAAUUAUUGUAUUUAUUUGGAAUUAUUGAUUUAGAUUAAGUUAAAACACUCCAAAUAGAGCGCAGUAACGUACUCUACAACAAAUAUCAAAAAUUCUUUUAUGCAAAGACAAGUAUUGUUUAAAGUGGGUAAAUUUCUAGCAAGUUUCCUAUACAUUUUAUUUUUCCAGAGAAUUCUCCUCUUUUUUGAAAUUUUGAAUGAAGACACUAAUAAGCAUAUUUCUAAAUCAAUAAUUCCAAAUAAAUACAAUAAUUAAAGUAAAAAACAAAUGAAUAAAAUUGGAAAACUAUUUUUCACAGUAAAAAUCUUCUAAAAGAAUUUCGAAAACACAUUGAAUACACAGUGAGACUUUUAAAUAAUGUUUUUUUGAUAACUGGUUAACAGAAAGACUCCCCCUUCACUCAUGAAAUAACGAAUGCUUCAAGGGCUGUUUAUUCACCAAUUAUUGCCUGUUCUAGCUAAAGUUUCAUAUUUGAAGUUGAAGUUUCGCGUAAUUUACUGGAUUUAUUAAAAAAUUAUAUUAAUUAAUUUAAACAAAAUUUUCUUUAAAAACAUUUUUUUUUAUUAAUAUGGCUUAAAAAUUAAGUUCGUCUUAUUAGUGAAAACAGUUUUCCUUUAAUUUAAGUCAAUGCGAAGAAACUUAAAAAAUUCGAAGCAACGCUACAGUGUGAGCACAACUGUAUAUUUAUUCACGAAAAUAAUCUUACACAUAUGCACACACACACAUACAUUUACAUUUAUUGUUAAACUAUACAAAUUACUGAAAGUGCUGUUAAACAUAUUUUUAAUAACAGUUAUUUGCCGUUUUUUCACCAUUAUUGCUAAUACAUACAGACAUACUCAAUUUAAUUUUUCUUUUUCGAAAUUGAUAACAGUAAAGAUGCAAAUACGGAUCGAAUCCAAAAGAGUUAAAUUAAUACAAGUAUUCAAUUAGCCGAAUGUUGCAUAUGUAAAUAUUCUGAAAGAAGUACUGUGUAGCAAAUGAAUUACUUUUAGCUGAAUAUGAUGUGCAUUGAAUUUCUAAAAUAACUUAAAUAUGUAUAAGAAGUGAAGAUGAUAAGUUCACUAAACCAAAUGAUAGCUGGGGAGAUAUUAAAUUGAAAGCAACAAGAAAAUUUAAGAAAAAUUAAAAUAAAAUAAAAACUUAUUGCAAAGAAAAACAGGCAUAUGUAUAUAAAUACUUGUAUUUAUACAUAUGUAUAAUAUGUGUGCAUUUAAGAGAUAUAUGUUACAUUAAACAAACACAUACAUACCAAGGAUCUCCCAAAUAUUAUAGUUGAAUUGUUUUAAUUAGGACGCAAUUGAAUAGAAUACAGUAAACAAAUCGCGAAAGAGGCGAACUUACGACGCUUGCAUAGUUAAAUGAAUAUUAAUAUUAAUGAUAGUUAAAUGGCGUUGUGUUUGCGCGGCGCUGGUUAAUUUAGCAUACAGCAAGGCGUUGCACGCGGCGAUUGGUGGUGGUGGUGACGGCAGUGCACCAAAUACAGCUACAAAGGUGGAGACGGGUGGGCUUGUAGACCGUUUGCUGGCGAAAUGUUGCGUUUUGGGGGGCGAAUAAGCAAAGAGGCGUGGUAUUGUGAGUGUUUUUUGGCUUCUCGAAAUAUAUUGGCGAAACAUAAGAAAUGACAAUUCUUGUUUCUAAUUUAUUUUGACAAAAAAAUUUUGUGCUACAAAACCAAAAAGAGCUCAUAUACAAAUGCUUGCGUUUGAGUGUUGUUCUGAGCUUUGCUUCAUAAUAUAAUUACUACAUAUAUAUAUUAUUGAAUAUCACUGUGUCAUAUCGUACAUUUAUGAAUAGUAAUGCAUAAUAUGGUAUAUAAAUAAAUGAAAUUGAUUAUAGUUAUUUAAAAUCAUCUUAUCAAUAUUAUUGACGUAAUUAAAUAGAUGAAUAUAUGAAAAUAAAAGCAAAACAAAAGUAAAUAAAAUAUGAAUUCCAAACGAAAUUGAAACUUGCAAAACAUAUUGUAUUACAACAACUAUUUAGAACUAAAAAGUGGCAAAAAAUAAGCAAAAAUAAAAGCAACACACAAAUAUCGUACAUAUACAUACAUAAAAUAUGUAGCGAAACGAAAAUAAGCAAAAAAAAAAGUACGAAAUUAUCAAUAAUUGCAUCAGUAUGCACAAAUUCAGCAUGUGGAAGGCAACUGAAUGUUGCGACAUUGUUGUGUGUGAGAGAAAGAGAGAGAGAGAGAGAGAGAUAGAAAGAGAGCGAUGCGGAGAAAAGUUUGCAAUAACGAAAUACUGAAUUAAAUAAAACGCUAAACAAAAUUUUGAACAAAACAUAAUAUACUUGCUUAUAUCUAUCUUAACACAUCCCAGUUAAACAUUAAACAAACGCAACAGAAAUUGAGAAGAAAAAAAGAAAACAAUGAUUAAUCGCACGUGAAAGUAAAAUGCAAAAUUGAAAUAUAUUUCUAAACACUUUUACCAUACAUAAAUGCUUUGUGUGUCAAGUUUUGUAAUCGCAAUUUGAAUAUUACUUUAAUGUUGAUAUUCUAUCGUAUCGUCCCGUUAUAAAUAUUCGUUGACAGACGCUAUGUACUUACAUUGCGAUGAAAUUUUAAUGUUUAUAUUAUAUUUUGAAGAAUACGCAGUAAAUUUUUUUAAGAGAAUCAUUAAAUACUUUUCGAGCUACACGCGGUUCUGACAGCACAAAACCAGUGUACUCCACUGCUGCCGUGAUUGCGGCCUUCUUCGUGCAUGAAACCUAAAAAAAAUGUACUGGAAAAUACUGUUCGCACAUUGACCUACGAAGGAAGAAAAGUAAAAAAUUUACAAAAUGUUGGUGUUUAAAAAAAAAGUUGAGUUUUAUCCAAAAUUUUGGUCGUUUUGGUAGGUCAUUGUAUGAAUAUGGAUAUGAUAGGUUACGUUAAGUAAAGAGUUUGAUCCUAAAUGGCAUCUCACUUGGAUAGCUUAGCCGGUCCGUUGUGUUACCUAAAAACAAAGCUAUUUACAAAACAUGCCGAAAAAAUUAUAUAGUGAUCGGAUCGCUUGUCUCCGAGCAAGCACUCAAGCAGAUUUGAAAACUGUAGUUUUGAGAAGACCACAUUUAGAAAUAAAAUGGUUAAACUAAUCGACUUCACUUUAGAAAGCUGUAACUCAAAAUUUAUUUGAGAUAUGGUUUUAAAUUUUUAGUAUUUUAUUUUUAAAGGUUUUACCUAAUUUCUGAUUUUUCCAAAAAAAUAUGUUUUGAAAGCAACAAGAAAAAAAUUAUAGUAAAUCAUCAUAAAUUGACUAUAUUUUUAUUAGUGGUUGAUUUCAAGGACAAUUCCACUGUUGCUUUCCAAAUUUUCUAUUCAAAACCAAAAUUCGAAAUAUUGCGACCCUAAGGAGGAUCCGUCAGAAACAACAACAACUCUUAGUUACCGAAAAACACUCAUUAAGCAUUGCAUUCUCAUCUUACUAGGAAGGUUGCUAAAUCUGGUGUAUAUGGACAGUGAGCUAAGUUUUCGUUUUAAAACACUCUGAGAGUAAUUUUUAUUUUCUAUCAGCGUUGCUCUUGAAUAUGUCAUCUUAAAAAUUUCCAAAAUUCUCUUUUCAUUAUUUGUCUGGAUCAACUCAAAACUUUCUUUUUCAACCCAAAAACAAUUAUUUCGAGAAAAAUUUCUUUACGCGAGAAAGUUACUGUUUAGUUAAGAGCCGUCUUGCCUAUAUAUAUAUAAACAUAUUAUUAUACAUAUUAUAUUAAUAUAUUAUAUCGUUUGAAGGAACUUUUUUCGCUUGAAAAAUUUACUCAUUUCGUAAGAUCUUGGUGUUUUUCGACGAUAUCGAUAGAAUAUCCAUAUUUUUUUCAGUAAACUAUAUAAAAAAAAAUAAUUUUUUUUCUCAAUUUAAAAUGUAAAAUUAAAACAUAUUUUUUUAGGAAAAGUGCAAAUGUUCUUUAAAAAGUCAUCAUACAAUAAUCAACAUAAACCAACAGUUCUUUGUAUUUUAAGUAUCUAAGUAAGUAGUAAUGAGUUUCCUAUUUCACCUAAGUUACUAAGCGUAAAUGAACGAAUAGAGUGACGAGCAUACGAAGUGUCACAUCAUAAUAUAAUAUUAUAAUUUAUAUGUAUCAUUAUAAAUAUUGUUGUAUUGUAUGAUAUUGCGUAAAUUAUUGAAAGCAUAUACAUAUAUUAUAAGCUAUACAUUACUUACAUAUAAUUAAAUCGUAGAUGAAUAUGAAUAGAUUAACUUUAGCUGAUUGGACAUAUAGAAAAAUUCAAAGAAGAAGCGAAUAGAAUGCAAUUAUAGUAUUUACAUAUGUAUAUUGCAUGAAUUGUGUAUGUAUUGAAUGUGCCUAGAUUAUAAUACAAUUAUUAGACGCUUCGAAGGUAUUAUCAUUUACGAUUCAAACUUGCUUUGUACACACACACACAUACAUACAGACAGAGAAUGUGUGUUGGUAUGCUUUCAGAUGAGUGAAAUGCCUUAUUUUCUCUAUGUGUCGGUCGAUAUGUGAGUUUAUUCUUAUGAAUUGCAUUUCAAAACGUAGAAUUUUAAAAAUGUCGCAAGUCAAAGUCGAGAGUUUUUAAAAACAUGCGCUAUAAUAUUUAAGCUUUUACUUUAAUUCAACUCAUUGGAUUUCAAAUAACUGUAAGCCCGAUUAAUCUCACAAAUAUAACAAGAAAAUCAGUAAAUAAUAAGUUUCAUCAAAAGCAAACACAAACCCAAAAGUAAUGGUCAAGAGGCAGUAGCAACUUACUUGUAUAAAUCAUAUAAAUCCGAAUCAUGUAGUGGUUUGCUGAGCGUAUUAGUCUCAGCAUAAACAAGCCAUAAUAUUGUUAAAAACGUUUUAAAUUACUAUUUAUCACUAUUUUAAGUUUUUAAUUUCUCAACCUAACCGCACAAUUGAGCAACAAGAUUCAGGAGUAACGCUAGAAACAAUCCCGUUCAAAGUAAAUAAAAGUUAUUUAAAAGUAAAAAAAUAAAAUAAAAAUAAAGCAAGACUGAAUAUUUUAUGAAGAUCGGUUUUGAAGCAUUUUGAAUCCAGUUAUUUGUACUAAGUUCUGUUUGAAAACUCAACAAUUUCGUCCUGUUGCUGAAUUAGAUAUUUAGUUCUUGUGAGUUUAUUGAAUUACUAACUGAUCUCGUAUAAAUCUACUUUUUUAACUGUGAAUAAUAUAAAACAAUAUAAUAAAAUAGCUAAAAAGUUUCAAAGUACUUCUGUUUAAUGGUCUCUUUUAUCCGCAUGAUGUGAUUUCCAAAUAAACUUUGGCUGCGAGAACGAGAGAGAAAGAGAAAAUAAAUAUGUAAAAGUUUUUAGUAAUGGUGUCGGAUUUGUUCAAACAUUUUCGCCUCUUCUAACUUGGGAAAAUACAUUUCAUAACGAUUACACAGUCAAAAAUUGUCGAAUUGCUUCCUAGCACUGCAGUAAAUAAAUAUUAAUAAUUGACUGUAAUGAUUACCUAUAAUUUUCUUAAUUUUUUAACUACAUUGAAAGGAGCAAUGACCGAUCACAUUUAAUUUUUAAAAACUAUUAGAAAAAAAGUUAUUAAUAAUCUGAAGUAAUCUAAAGUACCUUAGAAAAAAUUUCAGUACGAUUACAAAAUCGAUUAUUUCAUGUAAUUAUAUUCAUUACUCAUUACCAAAGAUUUGCAUUCUAACGUUUUUAAUAAUCGAUUGAAAAGUGUUGAAUGAAAAGUUUGUUGUUGCUUUCGAGCAGAACUGUAAUACUGAUAAUUAAUCUAAUAAUUAUCUAUGAUUUUACAUUUUUAACUGCAUUCUUUGGACCAAUAUCCGAUUACUAUUUUUUUUAAUCAUUAGAAAAAAAAAAAAUUAUUAAAAGUAAGCUAAAAUAAUUUUGAAGAGGGAUAUAGUCUGUAUCCAUUCGUAUUGAAAUUUGGUUUAUAAAUAAAAAUAAUUUAUUUAAACGAAAAUAAUUGCAAACUAAUUUUUUUGCAUUUUGAUUGUACUUAAAUAAAUUAUUUGAUUACUUUUUAAUCGUUUUUGAUUUUAUGUAAGUAUAUUGACUGGUGAUUCCUAGAUAAUGAAAUGUAUUGAUUUAAACAUUGUAAUUUUCAAAAUCAAGUAAUUGUGUAGAUAAAUUACAGUUAAAUAAAAGUUUAAUUAAAACUUGAAAAUGUAAUUCAAUAUAUAAUAUAAUUAUAAAGUUGUCGAAAAAUAGCAAAAAUAUAUAUUUAUUAUUUAAAAUAUGUGAAAUAAUUUGCCCAUUAAUCUAGGUUUAGUUUGAUUAUUUCUGUUAAUAAUACUUAAUCCUGAUUAUUUUCAGAUUAUCAAUUUCACGUUUAUGAAAGGAAUUGAAUUUAUUAUAGUAAUCGCCGAAUUUAAGUAAUUAUAAUAAAAGUGCCGUAAUUACUAAACGUAAACUUAUUUUAACAGCUCUUCUUGAGUGAAGACUAUCAUCUUAUCUGUUUCUUAAAUUCAUUGUUACCAAAAUCUUAUUGAAUUUUCUACUUCUCUGACAUAUUAAACAAAUUCAGAAUAAUUAAAGAGUAAUCGAUUGCAAUGUUGCAGCCAUAUUAAAUUAAUCAAUUUCUUACGUUUCUUCAGAGAAGACCCUUACAUUAACCACAUUUAAAAUUGAUCACUUAACUCUCUAAAACAUAUUAAUCCUACAAACGAAUUUAAAACAUUUCCAAGCAUUUCAACUUUGAUUGAAAAAUAACGAAGCAUAAAGCAAGAAGAAUUGGCAUCACAAAAUAUGUAAAGCAACCAAUAGCGAACGGUUUAGUGGAGCGAAUAUUCAUGUUAUUAAUACAUUCAUGUUUGAAUAAAAGCAAAUUAUGUUUAUAUCAAAUAUAGCAAUUACUUGAUUUGUGUCCCACCAACAACAAAAGUGUGUUAGUUUUUAACUUAGAGAAAAUGUGAGUAGUUAAAUAAUCAGUAAUGAAUUAUUCGGUUCAAGUUUAUGUCACAGCUGAAACACGCGAAGAGAAGCAAAAGAAAACCCCCAACAACAUACUCGUACAAAAGCGAAGCAUUGUAGUUAAAUAAGUAAUGAACGAAUAGAACGAGCCAUUAUUGGUAAUGCAUUUCGACACCGAAACUAAAUAGCAAAAAUUAAUAGCAAUAAAUUAUUCUAUCGAACAAAUAUGCGAAAACAGUAGAGUUAAAUGAAGAAAAACAACAACAAUAACAACAACAAAAAAUAACAAAAAUUAUAAUAACGGUAUGCAUAAUGUUUCCGGGUAAACGGUCUAACAGAACAGCCAAUCAAUUAGCGAAAGGGAAGAGAGGAAAAGGGUGAAAAGUAACGAGGAGAAUUAAAUGUUAGAGUACAGUUAACAACAUCUAGCGCAGGUCCGAGAGCAAAGCGGGGAAUAAACAUAUAAAGAAAUACUUACUCUGGUCUACCACUGCCACUAAUUGAAGAAUUGAUGAUUAAGCAGUUGUAUUGUAGUGUAAAAAUAUAAAGUAAAAACCAAAAGAAAAAAUAUUAAAGUAAUAAAUUAAAGUAUAAAUUUACUGAAAAAUAUACCCGAAACAUAUUAUUGACUAACACAGUGUAUGGGAAUAUUUGUAUUGUUUUACUAAGCGAAACUGAUUAAUUAAAUAAAAUAAAAUAAAGUAAAUAGUGAAAAGCAAACCGCACAUAUGUAUACAAUCGCAAGAAUCGUUUAUGCAUAAUUACAACCAGGCAUUCAUUCAUUAAAGUUUAAUUAUGAAUACAUAUAUAGUACAUACACAUAAUUAAUAUACAUACAUACAUACAUAUACUACGUGCGUAUAGUAAAUUAUUAACAAAUAUCUGAUAAUAAAUAACAAAUUGAAAGGUGACAAGCGCAAGUGAAGCACAUAAGAAAGAGGAACUAUAUAUAUAAAAUAAAAAUAUAGCAAACAAACAAAAAAAAAAAAAAAUUAAAGAAAAACAAAAAAUUAAAAAAAAAUAUGUUGAAUUCCACAGUGAAAAAGUAUGAGUCAUAAUUAGUAACCACAAAACUAGCAUAGCAUUAAAAUAAUAAUAAAUUAUUAUUAUUAAUACUAUUAUUGAAACAAUGAGUUGAUUUAAUUAAUAAUUUAAGUAAUGUGAAGUUCGUUUUCAUUCAUAGUCAAAGCAAAUGAAAUGGCAAAUAAUUAUUAAAUAAAACUAAUAACUUCAAACCAAUACUAAUAAUAAGCUAAUGAUACAAUUUAUAAUAACAAUCACAACACUAAGGCAUACAAUUAAUGAAAAGAAAUGAAAUGAAAUUAGAAAUGAAGAAAUAAGACACAACAUGCGAUGAAUACAAUUAUGAUAAAACUAUAAAUGAAAAAUAGUUCUUUGCGUGAGAAUAAAACGAUGUUACAUUAUUUAAAGAAAAUAUAUCAUAAAAAAUA